CACGUUCAACGUGAUCCACAUGCUUGUGUUUGAUUGGUUUAUUCAACAUUGUGGGCGGGACUGAGGAAGUAUAUUAUUGAAUGACCCACCCUCUUCCUCAUUGUGGUGAGAAACAGGCGUGUGUUUCAGGCUUUGCAUAACACAUUAGCAAAGAUGGUGAAGAUCUUCAUUGGGAACCUGCCUCCACAGGCAGAAGCAGAAGAAAUAAAGUCUCUGUUUACUCAAUAUGGAGCGGUCACUGAGUGUGCCAUUAUCAAGAACUUUGCCUUCGUCCACAUGGAUGAUCGCAAAAGUGCGACAAAGGCAAUCCGAAACCUUCAUUUAUACAAGCUGCAUGGAACGCCCAUCAACGUCGAAGCGAGUCGGGGCAAAAACCAGGGCCCGGUGAAGCUUCAUGUUGCCAAUGUGGAGAAAGGAGUAGACGAAGAGCUCAGAGCGCUGUUUGAAGAGUACGGCACAGUUACUGAAUGCGCAAUUGUUAAGAACUUUGCCUUCGUACACAUGAGCAAUUCCGAUGAGGCCAUGGAUGCCAUCAAGGGGUUGGACAAUGCUGAAUUCCAAGGCAAACGAAUUCAUGUGCAGAUUUCAAAGAGUCGACCAAGAGGCGAGGAGGAAGGCUACGGCCCCCCAGACAGUGGAUACUGGCCACCCCGUUUCCCUGGUGACCGGCCUGAGCCCCCUGGUUAUCCUAGGGGUCGCUUCGGGUAUCCCCCUGGUCCCCCACCUCCACCACCACCCAUGCCCCCCAGACGUCCCCCAUACCCAGAGCGUGCAGCGCCGGCAUACGAGCGCGAACGCGGUGUGGUCGACUAUUACGAGAAGUACCGUGCUCGCCCUUACGGCGCCGCCUCAUAUGAGGACCGGCGUCCGGGUGCCAUCCCCCCUCCCCCUCCGCCCCCGUCAUCCGGCAUUAUGAGAGAGCGAUUGGCUGGCAACGGCCUCGACCCCUAUGAGCGACGCCCCCUUCCACCCCCGCCAUCCUCGUACUACGCACGAGACCGCAGUCCCAUCAGACGUGCUCCUCCUACCCCUCAGACACCCGCCGGGAAUGGUUACUCAUUCGAGCGAUCUCGUCUCUCCCCUCUCUCCAUGUCUCGGACCCCGAUGUACAACAUGCCUCGGGCCAGAGACCCCUAUGCUGACAGGGCAGCGCCGCCUCCACCACCUGCGCGCUACUCGUAUUAAAGUGCACCACUGCGCUUUUGUAAUCCAAGGUGUAAAUUAUUCAACAAGAUCGUCGUCGUUGUCUCCAGGUGCACGUGCCGCGAUACGUCUUUGUCUGCCAGAGCGCGUUUCGUUCGCCUGCGCACCAUAGUGGAAGAGUUCUGUUGCGGACUGCACAUUCUAUAAAACUAUCGCUUUUACACGUAUAAAAUCGUCCUCAUGCUAAAUUGUCAACUCUGCUUCAUUUUAUUUUAUUUUUUUGCCUUGUUUUUAUUGUUUAACAUUUGAUAGGUGAGAGAGGCACUAAGCCAGAGCACGUCAAUUAGGUUAACUUGGUGGUUUGUUAAAGACAAUGAAAGGAACACACACAAAAAUUCUUCUUUCAAAGAACACUUCAAUGUAUCUCACUGUACAUUUUUACCUUUAAAAUCUGGAAUGAGCUUAUCGUUUGUUAUUAAACCACUGUAACAAGCGCUAUUCCAUAACUUUGAUUUUGAACCAAAAAGUCAUUUGUGUAAAGCUUUUUUUUUUUCUCUCUCUUUUCCCCUCUCUAAGCUAUUUGUUAAAGUGCGGCAUGCAAGUAAGAAUACAAUCUCCGCAGCAAUAAAACCUUUCCGUCUACUGGCUUUAUUGAAAUUGUGCUGUAGUGUGGAUUUUAAUUGCAGAGUAUCGAAGUUAAAGGACUUUGUAUCAUUUUCUUUCAUAGGAACACUUGAAAGUUUUAAUAAAAAGACUGGAACUUG